AUGGCCAAGGGCAAGUUCAAGGGCAAGCCCACCGGGCAGCGCACCUUCUCCUCCAAGGAGGAGCUCGAGGCUGGUACUUCAGCAGAUCGUCCAAAGACCUUUUCUAAGAAGCAGAAGCAAGAGGUAUCUAACAGAAGGGAAGAGUCAAUUGAGGAGGAAAGUGAUGAAGAGGUUGAGAAGACCAAACACAAAGGAACUGCAGGUCUCAUCGAGAUUGACAAUCCAAACCUGGCGAAACCAAAGAGUAUUAAAGCCAAGGAUGUUGAUGUUGAUAGGACAACUGAUCUCUCCAGGCGUGAAAGGGAGGAGCUUGAGAAGCAGAGAGCUCGAGCUCACUAUAUGAGACUUCAGGAGGAAGGAAAGACAGAACAGGCUAGGAAAGACCUAGAUCGCCUUACCUUGAUCCGGCGGCAGAGGGAGGAAGCUGCAAAGAAGCGCGAAGAGGAAAAAGCUGCGAAAGAGGAGAGGAAGGCUGAAGCACGCAAGUGA